AUGCUACUGGACAAAUCUCCUUCUGAAAUUAACUUGUCGCACAACUACAACCACCCAAAACACUCUAACCAAUUAGUUAACGCUCCACUUUUGUUCCAGAAACAAACUCACAGUCUAUUGAUCCUGGCCUCAGCCCUGUCAAUCAUCUUAGCCGUGAGACUACAGACGCGGACGCCCCAGUUUUCCACAGCGGACAACCCCACAGCAAGAGAGGCGGAAUUCCUCACGAGGUUCCUCACUUUUUCUUAUCUGCCCGUGUUCAAUUUCUGGCUGCUAAUAUUUCCCAACACCUUGAGUUUCGACUGGGGGAUGGACGCCAUCCCACGCAUCACAACUAUAAGGGAUGGCCGCAACGCUUUGUCCUUCGCUUUCUACUUUGGAUUAGGACAAACUUUGGUUAGGAUUGUGAGGAGCCUGAAGAAGCAUAAACCUAAAAAGUUUGAUGCGGUUAAGGAAGUGGACAGAAACUUGGCUUGUACAGUGUGCCACCUUAAUUUUCACGAUGUACAUUCCUCAUCUUGUCGGAAUACGAACAAUAAUAACGCCACUAACUUCCAAUCAACCUCCUGUGUGUGUCUGACAGUCAAUCAACGUAUUAAGCUUGCUAACAGGACUGACAAAAAGCAAGUGAGUGCAAGCGGAGCGAUUCUGCUCUCCGUGGCUUUCCUAGCGCUUCCGUUUCUACCUGCAACGAAUAUACUCUUUUACGUGGGAUUCGUGGUUGCAGAAAGGGUUCUGUAUAUUUCAAGUGCGGGGUUGUGUUUGCUUUUGGGACUGGCGAGUGCUACGUUUUGGAAUAGUUACAGAAAGCACCGGGUGGUCUCCUUGUUUAGUUUGGUGAUUGUAUUAGUGGCAUUCAGUGCGAAAACUGUUUGCAGGAAUAGGGACUGGCACGACGAAGAGUCGCUCUAUAGGUCGGCGAUCCCUGUCAACCCACCGAAAGCUUAUGGAAAUCUGGGCAGCGUUCUCAGCAGUCAAGGGCGAGUCGCAGAGGCGGAAUGGGCCUUCAGAAAGGCCCUUCAGUUCAGACCCAACAUGGCCGACGUGCAUUAUAAUCUGUAA